AUGAGUGUUUUUGCAAGAGUUAGUGAUGUGAGGAAGGCUUUGGUGAUGAAUCGAACUGUUCUUGUACUUUUGUACAAGGAAGCAUUAAUUUCUACUAACGAUUUACCCGAUACCCUGCCCCCUCCUAUUUUGUCUUUGUUGCAGGAUUUCCAAGACGUUUUUCUGGAAGAAACCCCGAGUGGUCUUCCACCACUUUGUGGAAUCGAGCAUGAAAUUGAUUUUGUGCCGGGAGCGGUUAUUCCAAAUCGACCUGCUUACCAAGCCAAUCCGGAGGAGACCAAGGAGUUGCAAAGACAAGUCAAUGAACUGAUGGAAAAAGGCUACAUUCGUGAGAGCCUAAGUCCCUGUGCUAUUCCCGUAUUAUUGGUACCGAAAAACGACGGAACAUGGCGCAUGUGCGUGGAUUGUCGAGCCGUUAACAAGAUAGCAAUCAAAUACCGUCAUCCCAUUCCUCGCUUAGAUGACAUGUUAGAUGAGCUUAGUGGGGCCAAAGUGUUCUCAAAAAUCGAUUUGAAGAGUGGCUACCACCAAAUUCGGAUGCAAGAAGGAGACGAAUGGAAAACAGCAUUCAAGACCAAGCACGGACUAUACGAAUGGUUGGUUAUGCCUUUUGGCCUUACCAACGCUCCAAGUACGUUCAUGAGACUAAUGAACCAUGUCUUAAGGCCUUUCAUCGGAUUUGUGGUUAGUGCGAAUGGUCUCGAGGUAGACCAAGAAAAGAUUAAGGCCAUACGAGAUUGGCCAAGGCCUACGAGUCACAUCAAAGGUCAACAUAAGUUGAACCAACGCCACGCGAAGUGGGUUGAAUACCUUGAGUCGUUUCCGUAUGUCAUCAAAUAUAAGAAAGGUGAAGAUAAUAUCGUGGCUGAUGCGCUUUCAAGAAGGUAUACUCUGUUAUCAUAUUUGGAUUCUAAGAUUCUUGGUUUUACAUUAUUAAAAGAUUCCUAUGUAAACGAUUCCGAUUUUGGAGAGAUAUUUGUUUCUUGUGAGAAAGGUCCUUUUGAAAAUUUUUAUAGGUACGAGGGCUAUCUUUUUCGAGAAGGUAAAUUAUGCAUUCCUUGUGGAUCUGUCCGAGACUUAUUAGUGCAUGAGGCGCAUAGUGGCGGGCUUAUGGGACACUUCGGGGUCAAUAAGACGCUAGCCACUCUCCACGAACAUUUUUAUUGGCUGCGGAUGCGAAAAGACAUGGAGCGAGUUUGCGAAAGGUGUAUAGCCUACAAAAAGGCUAAAUCAAAGUUUGUCCAUGUAGAUGCGAAGAAAAAGGCAGAUUUUGUCAAGGAUUUAUAUAGCAAGGUGCAGGCCAAUAUCGAGGCUAGGACUGAGUCCUAUGUGCAUUUAAACUUGAGGAAAAGUCAUUUUGAAAAGGGGGGGAAUGAUGUGACCGCGCCCCAUGGUUCAGCUAGUUCGAGCGAGGAUUCUAUGGUGCUACCACACGGUCCUGUUACUCGAGCUCGAGCAAAGAAGUUUAAGGAGUCCAUCACGCCUUUUGUAGCUCAACUUUGGAUUGAACGCAAAUUAGGGCGCUCAGAGAGCUGA